UGGACUCGAUGGCAAUUGAAGAGUUGGACAGCACAAAUACAGAAGUCUUUUCCAAGUCUCGUAUAGUGCAAAUUGCACGAGGUUCUGGUCGUUAGUAAGAGAAGUGAUGGAGAUGCUUGCAUAUCAGAUCACUUGGAUGUAGAAUAUGGUGGAAAGCUACAGUAUCUACAAUCAGUAAAGGGGCUCUGAAUCUGGAAGAAAGGAGGGGGAGGAAAGGAUACAAGGAAUUUGCAGCACCCAAGUCUGGGUUUAAGAGGUUUUCACUGCUUUCUUGUGUACGUUUGCCUUCAGUCCACCUCCAAGUCCCCAACCUCCGAGAACCGAGCUCCGAUCUCAAAAUCGGAUCGAUGUCAAGAUUGAAAGGAACAACUCUUGUUGCCUUCUUUUUUGAGAGGUUCAAUGGGAAGGAAAUUGUGACGGGAAUCAUGCUUGGAGCUGAUUCUAGACUCUCAAAUAAGAAGAGAUUCCAGGACGAUGGGAAAAAAAUAUUACGUAUCGGUAAAAACAUACUUAUUUUGAUGGCGGGAAAUGGCGAUGGUUGUGAAAAAAUGUGCGCACAUUUGACAGGAAAACUGAAUAACCCAGUUGAAGUUGGGUCUUUGAAAGUCGAGGAUGUACUAGAUAUGGUGGUCAACUAUCUAAAUGCUAAUCUUCAUGUAGACGGAGAUAAUUCAAACAUUGGUAGCUUAGUUGCUGGAUGGGAUGAAAAAGAGGGGUUGCAAGUUUAUCGGACUAAACUAAAAGACCAAUGGGUGCAUUGGGAAGGAGAGCAUAACUAUGUAUCUGUAGGAAAUGGUAGAGAGCAUGCACUGCAUUUCUUGGGAAAAUAUUAUGAACGCAAAAUGUCCCCUGAAAAUGCUGCUGAGUUGGCCCUUGGAGCAUUAUAUGCUGCAACAAAUGAUCCUUUUACUGGCGGUCCUCUUCAAGAUGUUCUCAAAGACUACUUUAGGUAUGUAUCGCAUGGAAACAUAAAGGCAGCUUCUUGCAUAGCAAAGAUUGGAGAUCACCACUUCUAUCGUGUUGUUUGCAAGUCAGCGGAUGUGGUUUCUGCAAUCUAUGACUUUGUUAGAGGUUCCCCGCACAAACCUCAUUCUCUGGAAGAAAAUUUUCCGCAUGGAAUUUAUUUGGAAUCUGGAGUGCCUGUGUAUGUGCAACCGAGCUCGAAGGGUUUGUUAGACCACUUGUGCAACAUGGCAAAGAAACAACACAAGUCAUGCCAUGAUGAUCUGGAGGUGUACCUCAAGUAUUACGAGAAUUAUUUCAGUGUGAAUGGGUAUGAUCAACGGACAAUGUUCUUGGUUUCUUCUGAAAAGCUUCUUGGUAGUGAACUCAAAAGCAUCAAAGACAAGUUCAGUCCACAAGGCAAUGAAGUAAUAGUUGCCCGUUGGUUAGCGAAGAGGGGCAACUUCCACUUCUACCGGGUUUUUUUUCGGACUGAAAGUGAGGCUUCAAAGGCAUAUCAGGUUAUGAAAGCAGUUACGGAUGCUCCUCCUCCUCUACAAGGCAUAGGAAUGUUCUUAGAGCCUCCUACCAAGCCGGUUUAUGUGGAGAUGACCUCAAAGGUGCUUUUGCAAGACAUAUGCAGUUUACCUCCAGCGCCUGUAACUAAACGGUACAAAUACAUCGUAUAAAACCAUAUUUCAUGUCUGGUAUUCUAUCAGUUUAUGCUAUUGAGUUAUUAGUAGGCUUGUAUAAUUUCAUUUGUUGCCAACGGUUACUAUUUGGAUUUCUUCUCCCUAACCUCAUUCUUGAACGAAAGAGUACUGAUGUCGGACUGGUUGUCUCCAUUAUCAAUUUUCAUGAACCAACAACAGAACUGAAAAGAUGAGGAACAUUUAU